UCAUCCCUGUCAAACUUUGUUAGACUAUACAUUUUAUGGUUGAGUACAUUUGGAGAAAAAAUAAAGUAUUAUUUAAAGUCAUCCAGUCAUGUUUUCUUCCUGUAAAGCAAAAUAUGAUUUAUGCUUACGUAAGCUAGUACCAACCAAUUUCAGUCAAUAAUACCACGACCACCUGGAAGCCCUUCUCUGCGGAGUUUGCAUGUUCCAUGUUACACUCACACUAUGAGUGACAUAGCAACAGCAUGGCCAGCUGUGAUUGAAAAUGAUUUGUAGCCUGUUGCUUUGUUGCUCAAAGUCAGAACAGUGACACUUUAGAAAAUGCCCUUUGCUUCAGAGGGGUUAUUAGUGCAAAAUGUGGGCAGUGCCUGAUGUGACGAACAUGGAAAGCUAGUUAGCUAGCUUGCUAAUAAAUACUGCAAAAUAUGAUGGUAUUGGUACAUUAUCAAUUUUCUUACAUCCCAUGCCUGUCUCUCAACUCACUGCCAGCCAGACAGCACCUCUGAUAUGUGGCAGUUGACUGGUGAGACACGGCAACCAUCAGUGUCUCCCUCACACAUGCUCCCUUCCUAUUGGUUGAGUUUGCCAGAGUUUAACUUCACAAGAUGCAAAUUUGCUUUUCCACCAAGAACAAAUGUUUCAUUCACCCCCUGGUUUGCAUCAUAUGGAAGUGAACGAUAGGCAAAUAUUUUCCAGUGUUAAUUUUGCUCACAUGUGACCGGGCCCUUACACUGUCAUGGCCUUACUGUCAUGACACACCCACUUUUUAACAAUCAAAUCCAGUUCCUCCCAGCGUGAUAUCCCUCCUGCCUAUCAUGUUUGUCUCAGAUGUAGGUCACAAGACUGAAGCUAGAUACUCUCAGAAUACUGUUUUCUAACAAAAUGAGAUAAACAGAGCUGAUUGUUACUUUUGAUCCCAGGUAUACAUUUUGAGAGUUAGAGAGAAGAUUCUUUCUUCUUCUAAAACUUGAACUGCACACUGCUCAUACUAAGAAAGCAAAGAAAGCACUUGCUGACAGUGAUAUGUCUGUGCUGGCCGCUGCCAGUGGUGAACUACUAGAGCAUUGCAAUACUGGUUGACUCGGAAACCCCAAGUUAGAGGGCAGCAGGCAUAUUUUAUGGGAUCUCAGUGGUGUGUACAGUAUUUGACUGUGGGUCCUUCAUAAACCCUAAGAGACAACAAAGUUGUCCUGCCAAGUACAGCCAAACACAGACGCCCAGGAGUCUGCUCAAGGUCUCUCCAACCACACAGCCCACUCCUUUUCCAACUUAGACUCAGCCUGAACGAGGGAGAGUUGAAGUAGAGAGGAGAGAAACACGAGAGCAGGGCACGACCUCGUCAGUUUACAGUGAUUCGCUCAGGAAUGGGAUGACUUAUUGAGUGCAUAUUUUUCAUUUUAAAUAUUUCCUGUCUCCUGUUGUUGUGGCCCAAGUGGCCAUGUCAUUAAAAGUUCCUUAUUUCUCCAGAUUAUUCUGAAGUAAUUGGAGCAAUGACAGUGCUUUUUUUGUUUUUUCAGACAUUGGUAAACAGGAUAUUGAGGUUGUUCACUAAACAUUUUGUUUUUCUCUUCUGUGUCUGGCUUUAACAAUAAACUGGUUUGUUUGCUGCAAGGGAACAGAGCGACUACGGAACAAUGUGUCUGCUAUACAAUGAACUGCAUGGUAACUUUCUCUGUGUGUCACUUUCCCUGUCCAUUGUCAAAACAGGCAACACAUCCCAACAUGCGGACAUACUAUUUUUGCUGCGACACAGCCAAAGAGAUGGAGUCUUGGAUGAAAGUAAUGACAGAUGCUGCACUUGUGCAUUCAGAGCCAGUUAAAAGGUUGGACAGGCUAAAAGUGGAACAGUGUGGACCACAAGAGAUCAACCAUGUGGCCAACCACAGGCCGCCGCUCACACAGCCUGAAAUCCAGAACAAUGAACUCAACCGUGAGGCUGACCGUGAGCGUACCACAGCAGUCACCUCUACCACAGCAGAAGAGGAGAGGAAGCAGCGAGACGCCGAACGCUACGGCUUCCAGAAGGACGGGGCGGAGCGUGAACGCCCGCUCACAAAGAUCAACAGCAUCAAACUACAGCCAGCGCAGGCGGCAGCCAUCAAGGCCAACGUCGCCUCGCCACAGACUCCGACAGAAAUGGAUGGGUCACACCGCAGCCCCCAGGUCAAUGGAUCUGGUGAGCAGUGUCCAGCUGAAGGGAGUGUAGUCCCUCGUCAGCGAAGUCCCAACCAUGAGCCAGACCGCGCCCUUAGUAGGACCAGCUCUAUGCAGCAACUGGAGCAGUGGGUGCGCACACAGAGAGGACGCAACCAGGAUGAUGACACCAGGAGCAUCACAUCGUACCAGACGCUGCCAAGAAACAUGCCAAGCCAUCGGGUACCUUACAUGCCUCAUUAUGGCGACGGCUACUGCAGCAUGCCCAGGAAUAGCAUGGCGCAACGGGACAGCAUCUGCAGCAUAUCGCCAUCAUUGUACGACCAGGCCCUGGGUCCCUCGUCAGUCGACAAGCGCCGCUCCAUGCGCGACGACACCAUGUGGCAGUUAUUUGAGUGGCAGCAAAGGCAGAGCUAUGGCAGGCCGCAGGGGCUGUACAGCAAUAUGGCCAGUCCCAAGACCAUGAUCAACCUGUCGGAGCACGCCGCACCGAGCCACUCCAUCCCCCCCUCGCCCUCCCACGGCUCCCUGUCUGUGUAUGGUGGCUACUCUCCGAUGCGAUCCUACAACAUGAACAGUGCUCGUUCAGAGGUGUCCUCUCCUAUUUACAGAGGAGACAUGAGCAUCGACAGGCGGCACAGGCCACCACUCAACAAGUAUGCCUACCCACCUGAUAGGAGGUCUAUGCCUGCAGGGAUUCCAGUCCAGACUAUCACUGCCCAGUCUCUCCAAGGCAAAACACCUGAGGAACUGACUCUGCUGCUGAUAAAGCUGCGGCGGCAGCAGGCAGAGCUAAACAGUAUCCGGGAGCACACUGUAGCACAGCUUAUGCAACUAAACAUGGAUGGCGACAACCCAAAGAACGACAUUCUCUCCCAUCACCUCCAAAGGAACCUCUUGUAUUUGGACAAUCAGAUGAAGGAAAAUGAGCCUUUAAUCGCCAUGACUCACACUUUGAUUGAGAACUCUGCCCCAAGGCCUCAACUUUACCAGCAAUUGAGUCCAGAAGGCUACAGGGAGCAUGGCUAUACAUGUAUGCCAGAAGAAGUGGACAUUGAUACCAAACUUAGCAGACUGUGUGAGCAGGACAAAGUGGUGAGGACGCAGGAGGACAAACUUCAGCAGCUGUACAGAGAGAAGCACACCCUGGAGACAGCACUGCUUUCAGCCAGCCAGGAGAUAGAGAUGGGCUCUGAUAACCCUGCUGCCAUGCAGAGUGUUAUCCAGCAGAGAGACUUACUGCAGAGCGGCCUGCUCAGCACCUGCAGAGAACUCUCCAGAAUCUCAUCUGAGUUGGAGCGGUCGUGGAGGGAGUAUGACAAGUUGGAAGGAGAUGUGACUCUGGCUAAGAACAACCUCCUGGAGCAGCUUGAAGCACUGGGAAGCCCUCAGACCGAGCCACCCAGCCAGCAACACGUCCGCAUCCAGAAAGAACUUUGGAGGAUUCAGGAUGUGAUGGAGGCGCUCAGUAAAAAUAAAGCUCAGAGAACUGCUGAUGGUGUGAACAUAUAUGGGCCCAAGAGCAACUUCAUCAAGCACAAAAAUGAGGAGGAGGACUCGGUACCCCCGCGGCCACCCUUACCCCAGUCCUAUGAGCCCAACCCCCCCAACGUGCCCCCUAUGCCCUCUCAUGCUGGUGUGCGCCCUUCAACGCUCCACAGGCCGGAGGACAGGAAGGCCAAUCACAGGAAUGGCACGCACAGCGGUCCAGACUACAGGCUGUACAAGAGUGAACCAGAACUCACCACAGUGGCAGAAGUGGAUGAGAGCAACGGUGAGGACAGAUCCGAACACCCGUCUGAUAGAGAACAUUCUGGAAACAAAGGGGGGUCCUACCCAGUUGGCAUCGUCCCACCCAGGACCAAAUCUCCAGUGCCUGAGUCUUCCUCCAUAGCUUCAUAUGUUACCUUAAGAAAAGGCAAGAGGCCUGACCCCAGGACGGAGCGUCCACGCAGUGCGGUGGAGCAGCAGCUGUGUGCUGCAGAGAGCGGCCGGCCCAGGAUGAGCGUGGAGGAGCAGCUGGAGAGGAUCCGCCGCCACCAGCAGGGUGCCCUCAGGGAGAAAAAGAAAGGCCUCCACAUCCGGGGUGGCAGCCAGGAGAACACACCCUCUCGCAGUCACUCAUUUACAAAAGAAAACCAUUAUCGCAGCGUGCAGUCUCAAGUGAGGCGCAGAGAUGAGGGGAUAAGCAGUGACAUUCAGCAGCUGGAGGCCUCACUCAGGCAGCAGGAGGUGGUGAGGGAGCAGGAGACGCCUGCAGAGGAGAUCGCCCGUCUCAAAGAAGCCUCACAGUCUGACCAUUUAAAUGUGGACCGAGAGCUCUCUGUGCCUGACAAAGUGUUGAUUCCUGAGCGUUACGUGGAGUCAGACCCCGAGGAGGCUCUGAGCCCUGAGCAGGAGGCUGAUAAGCAGAGGAAGGUUGAUCGCAUCAAAGCCCUCAUAGCCAAAAACAGCAUGCAGAAUGUGCUGCCUAGUAUGGCUCUGAGCCCGGAGGAGGACACUGAAGUGGAGGUUACCGUACAGGAGAAAGAGAAGAUGAUUAAUAUCUCCUACGAGCUGGCAGCAGAGGCCUCCAAGCGCAGCAAGCUCGUUGCAGUGAAAAGCCCGUCGUCCUCUUCCCCACCCCUUCCACAGUCUCCUAACACACCCCCUCAACUCACUGAUGGGUCUCACUUCAUGUGUGUGUAGUAGCACCACACAGGCCCUGGCCUCAGUGAAAACCUACACAUGAAGGAAACAGCAGUGGAGGUGUAAAGAUGCCCCAGAAUACUUCCCCGAGGACAUCAGCACAAGGCCAUGGCCUACAGAGAGUGAAACUGCCUACUCCGUACUCUGGGGUGUUAACCUCUGACUUCUGUAUGCUCACUGUGACGUCUUAAGCUCUUAUGCCACAAACAAAAGUUUCUCUGUGACAUUUCUCUGUUAGUUCCCCUCUUCAGGGCGCCACACAACACAGCUUUGAUACUGUUAUUGUUGCAGUUCCAUUUUCAGUUUUUACAAGGCUUUUAAGGUUAUUUUCUUAAUUUAUAUGGUUUUAUUAGGUUCUUCUUUGAGUAUGGGCCAACGUCUGUGUGUGUGUAUAUAUAUGAGGCUAAUAGACUGAGCUCUGUUGUGAGCCUAAGGGCCUGUGACGACAUUUUCCGUACGUUUCACCACCUCUCCUACAACGUUAAAAACAUAUUUUCUCAUAAUUUUAGCUUGCUUGAGUCUUUUAUAAGUCACCCAGUUUGUUUUUCAGACACCAGUCAUCAACUAACCGUUCAUAUUUAUCCAUUUAUUGUAAAGAACAUUUGUCCAAGCGAAAGACGAGUUU